CCCGGAAGGCACCGAGGCGGCGCCGGCCUCCGGGGGCGGCCUCGGCGAUGGCGGCUGGGCGGCGGGAGCUCUCUGCCUAGCCCGAGGAGCCGAGCCGCUGGAGGAUGGCCUCUCUCGGGCCGGCCGCUGCGGGCGAGCAGGUCUCUGGAGCCGAGGCGGAGCCGGGCGCCGCGGGGCCUCCGCCUCCUCCGCCGCCGCCGCCGCCGCCGUCCUCUCUGGGGCCCCUGCUCCCCCUGCAGCGGGAGCCACUGUACAACUGGCAGGCGACUAAGGCGUCGCUGAAGGAGCGCUUCGCCUUCCUCUUCAACUCGGAGCUGCUGAGCGAUGUGCGCUUCGUGCUGGGCAAGGGCCGCGGCGGCGCGGCCGCCGGGGGCCCGCAGCGCAUCCCCGCGCACCGCUUCGUGCUGGCGGCCGGCAGCGCCGUCUUCGACGCCAUGUUCAACGGCGGCAUGGCCACCACGUCGGCCGAGAUCGAGCUGCCCGACGUGGAGCCCGCCGCCUUCCUGGCGCUGCUGAGAUUUCUGUAUUCAGAUGAAGUUCAAAUUGGCCCAGAGACGGUUAUGACCACUCUUUAUACUGCUAAGAAAUAUGCAGUCCCAGCCUUGGAAGCACACUGUGUGGAAUUUCUCACCAAACAUCUUAGGGCAGAUAAUGCCUUUAUGUUACUUACUCAGGCCCGAUUAUUUGAUGAACCUCAGCUGGCUAGUCUCUGCCUGGACACGAUAGACAAAAGCACGAUGGAUGCGAUAAGUGCAGAGGGCUUUACUGAUAUCGAUAUAGACACACUCUGUGCCGUUCUGGAAAGAGACACACUUAGUAUUAGAGAGAGUCGACUUUUUGGAGCCGUUGUACGAUGGGCAGAAGCGGAAUGUCAAAGACAACAAUUGCCUGUGACUUUUGGAAACAAACAGAAAGUUCUAGGGAAAGCACUGUCCUUGAUCCGGUUUCCACUGAUGACCAUUGAAGAGUUUGCAGCAGGUCCUGCCCAGUCCGGAAUUUUGUCAGAUCGGGAGGUGGUAAAUCUCUUUCUCCAUUUUACGGUCAAUCCCAAGCCCCGAGUGGAAUACAUCGACCGGCCAAGGUGCUGCCUGCGAGGAAAGGAGUGCUGUAUCCGUAGGUUCCAGCAAGUGGAGAGCCGCUGGGGCUACAGCGGCACGAGCGACCGAAUCAGGUUCACAGUUAAUAGAAGAAUCUCUAUAGUCGGAUUUGGUUUGUAUGGAUCUAUCCACGGACCCACGGAUUAUCAAGUGAAUAUACAGAUCAUUGAAUAUGAAAAAAAACAAACCCUGGGACAGAAUGAUACCGGAUUCAGUUGUGAUGGGACUGCUAACACAUUCAGGGUCAUGUUCAAAGAACCUAUAGAGAUCCUGCCCAAUGUGUGCUACACAGCAUGCGCCACACUCAAAGGCCCAGAUUCCCACUAUGGCACAAAAGGAUUGAAGAAAGUCGUGCAUGAGGCACCUGCUGCUGGAAGACUGUUUUUUUUCUUUUUUAGUUCCCCGGGCAAUAAUAACGGCACUUCGAUAGAAGAUGGACAGAUACCAGAAAUCAUAUUUUAUACAUAAUCCAGCAUUCUGAUACAUCUUGGCUAAAGAGUACCAUACAGUCUAGUCUCAAAGGCCUAUAAAACUGGCCACAAAAAAUAGUCUGAAUGUCACGAAUAUUUAUAAUUGUGAGAUAAGAAACAUUUUGGUUUCUUAGAGGAGAUGAACAAUAUUGAUUUAAAUCUCUGCAUGGUUUAAAAGCAGAUUUUCCUUUUUCUUAUAACCUUAGGGAAAAAGAGAACUGGGUGUAACCUUAAAAAAGCUGUUUCAGCUUUAUCUUGUAUAAUUUCAUAGAUGAGCUGACUCAUGGUCUUUCCACAGUUUUAUAAUUGAAAGAUUCUUGUUUUAGACAGAUGGUUGUGUUGUUGUUUUAACUGUUGUGAGGGUUAGAUGAGAUGGACUUCUAGGCUUAUCUAUUUUGAAGAUUACAUGAGAUGAGACGGGUCAGUAUUCCUACAGAAUUCCUAUUAAUUCAAAUAACUGAUUUCAGAAAAUUAAGAAAACUGACCUUAUAUUUGGAGUUUUGAAAUAUCUGGUUGUUAGCAUUCAUAAUAUUUCUAGAAGCAGGCCUAAUAAAUGCCCAAGAACAUUUUCAAUGCAUUUACAAAAAAGGAUAUUUUAUAAUAGUAUAGUCAUGUGUUACAUAGUACAGCUUUAAACUAUAAAUGGCGUUGGUACAAAUUCACAAUAAUGUGAUAUAAACAGAGGAUCUAAAGGUAUAGUCUAGGACUGGAUUCUUUAUCACUAAGGUGUACCACUGCACUUGUUGGUAGCUGUCCGGGGGAUGGUCCUGAGGAUGCCCGAGACUGAGAUGGUGACUGGCUACACGGGCAUCAGUUCCACAUUGUGGCGAUAAUCUAACACAACAGGAAACUGAAUAAAAUACUAACCUUUCUGACAACUACUUUGAAAUUUUAAAGAUCUCCAACAGCAUCACUCCUGCUGAAAAGUGUACUUUCUGUCACCGACACAGUUCUACCCAGGAAGUAAGAUAUGUUUCAUGUUUAUACCUCCUUCAUGUCACAGGUUAUAGCCGUUUUGGGAGGGGAUAGGAAGUAUACCUGGCAGAAUAACAUUUAUAUACUUUUUUAUAAAGCAAAAUUUUUAUAUAAAUAACAUCUUUUUCCCUUGAAAACGAUUAUCUUGUUAAAAAAAACCCUAUGUGUAAUUAAAAUCUAUCACAUAGUUUGGGAAGAUGAUUAAAAAAAUCACAAUUCUUUAAGUAACAGCUUAAAAAGAAUUUUUUCUAAAUAAUAGUAAUUAGGACAAAAAAUUUCAUUUAAAAUAGUACUUCAUUUUAUAUUUUCAAGGAGGUAGUGAUGUGUGUCGGUGGCAGAGGUCUCAAAGUCGCUGAAGAAGGGAAAUUUUUCUCUGGUAACAUGAUCAUAUGGACAUAAACCUCAGUUAACUGGAAAAUCUAUGGAAUGUGUCGUUCUGGUUAAUUACAGAUUAACUGGCAGGCACAUUAACCAGCUGUAGUAACCAUUAUGGAAAGUACUUCCACCUUAAAGUGUGGAAUAGGUAAGUAAGUUCAUGGUUUUUGACAUUAGAGGCAUUUCAAGGGCUUUUCAAGUACGUUGCACUGAACAAGGAUUGUAACUGAAGGUGCUACAGAACGUACAAGAACCGGAACUGUUUACGGAUCUGGGACAUCCCCUGGAAUUUUUAAAAAAUAAAUAUUAUCCUUGUAUUUA